UAGAGAUAGAUAGAUAGUAUGUAUGUUACAUAUCUUUAUCAAUCAGGGUUCAAACAAACAGAGGAAACAUCGAGGGUAGGUAGGUACCGUACCUACCUGCUGCCCCCCCUCACGUAGCCAGCGCCCAGGUGUUGGCCCGUGUGGGGGUUACAUCGAUGUCACAGACGUCAACAGACAAGUGACUGCAUGUAUCAGAGCCCCACCCUAGCCGAAUUCGGUCUAGCGUUUCCUACGUCAUAUAAGGUUGCAUCACGUUGGGCUUGGCGGUAGACUUGGCGUUGGCGUUUGGGCGUUGGACGGCUGAGAUAAGCACCGUCGAUGUCCACUAGCCACUAGCCGAGGUCGGUCCCUUUCGUCCGCGCCGGAGUAGCAGCCAAUCAGUGUGCUGGAAGGGGCAGCCGAGGCGCGCGCUGUGACUGGAUCGGGACAGUUUUGCCGGCGCUGGCCGCGCGGAGAGAGGAAAUUUGGCAGCAGCAGAGGGAGGAAGUGGAAUUGUUUAGCUAGCGAAGCAUCUGAGCCACAGCCACAGCAACAGCAAGCAAGCAACAGCAAGCAACAGCAAGCAACAGCAGGCAACAGCAGGCAACAGCAGGCAGGGGGAAUCAACGUCGCAAGAGACGAAGCGCUAACUACCUGACACAGGUUGUUGGUUGGCCUCACUGUCCCCGCGGUUGUUGUGGUUGCUGCCGCGGAUUCCCGAUUCUCCUCCUCCCUCCGUGUUCCUCCUCAUCUUCUCUUCUCUUCUCUUCUCUUCUUCCUCUCCUCUCCCUCUCCGGCACUGCUGAAAGAACCCUAUAUCAACACAACUGAAAAAGAAGAAAAAAACCCUCUCGCUCUCCCUCCACCAAGGCCCCACUCAGGGUUUUUCUGUCUUUUUUUGAUUUUUUUUUUUUUUUUGACCUGCUACCGAUCGAUUCCCACUCGACCCUGUAAAUCAAACCCAGCGUGUCCACUUUCCCGGAAAUCUACUGAGCAACCAACCAGGCAAAGCAAAGCAAAGCAAAGCAAAGCGGAUUUUCUUUCCCCUAGGAAAAAAUAAAAGGCAGACGCAAGAGGAUAAGGGGGAAAUAAUAAAGAAACCAGGAGCGAAAGAACUCAAAAAUUAAGCAGCAAAAAGAACUGGAGCUUGGAUACAGUAAUUACACAUACCAUACCUGAACCACUGAUAUUUGUACUGAUUUAUCUCGGUUGCUUCUGCUGUGCUGCUGCUGUCCGCGUGUGUCCGUCUUACAUUUAUUAUUAUUACUUAUUAUUGUUGUUUGUUGUUUGUUGUUUGUUGUUUGUUGUUUGUUGUUGUUGUUGCUGUUGCUCCUAGAUAGCCAUGUCUGCUCUUCGGCCCGCUUCCGUUCAUACCCGACUGCCCUUCUUGUUCUCGACCUCUGCUUCCUCUUCCUCCUGCUCCUCCUCCUCCUCCUCCUCCUCCAUUUCUUCCUCUUCUCACGCUCUCCGCCGCUCUCUAUCCACUUUCUCCCAUCGUUCAUCUUCAUCUUCAUCAUCUUUGUCUUCCUCCUCCUUCUUGCGCCUGACGUCUGGUCUCCCGAAACCAUCGUCCUCCCCACUUCUCGCCCGCUCCACUGCCACCAUCAUCUCCCAGAGACCCUCCUGGGCUAUCCUCCCUUCAGCUACACAAACUCGCAAAAUGACGGGCCCACGCCGGAAGAUCAAGGUGAAGAAUCCAGUGGUGGAAUUGGAUGGUGAUGAGAUGACAAGGAUCAUUUGGCAAGAUAUCAAGGAUAAAUUUAUAUACCCAUAUCUUGAUAUCGAUCUCAAGUAUUAUGAUCUAGGCUUGGAAUAUCGUGAUCAAACUAAUGACCAAGUCACUAUCGACUCUGCAGAGGCCAUCAAGAAGUACGGAGUAGGCGUCAAGUGCGCUACCAUUACUCCAGAUGAGGCCAGAGUUGAAGAAUUUAAGUUGAAGCAGAUGUGGCUAUCUCCAAAUGGAACCAUCAGAAACAUCCUAGGCGGAACCGUUUUCCGUGAACCAAUUGUCAUUCCUCGCAUCCCCCGACUUGUACCAGGCUGGAAGAAGCCAAUUAUCAUCGGUCGACAUGCCUUUGGAGAUCAAUAUCGGGCAAAGGACCUCGUCGUCCCUGGCCCCGGUAAACUCGAGCUCGUUUAUACGCCGAAGGGCGGCCAACCCGAGCGCAUCAACGUUUACGACUUCGAAGGCGGCGGAAUCGCCUUGAGCCAAUACAACACAGACGAUUCCAUCUCUGGCUUCGCGCAUGCCAGCUUCAAGUUAGCCUUGUUAAAAGAAAUGCCCCUCUAUAUGAGCACCAAGAAUACCAUUCUCAAGAAAUACGAUGGCCGGUUUAAGGAUAUCUUCCAGGAGAUCUUUGAGGCGAAUUAUAAGAAGGACUUCGAUGCCAAGGGCAUCUGGUACGAACACAGACUUAUCGACGAUAUGGUCGCCCAGAUGAUUAAGAGCGAAGGUGGCUUCGUCAUCGCCAUGAAGAACUACGACGGCGACGUCCAAUCCGACAUCGUCGCCCAAGGCUUCGGCUCCCUCGGCCUCAUGACCUCCACCCUCACAACCCCCGACGGCACCGCCUUCGAAUCCGAAGCAGCCCACGGCACCGUCACCCGCCACUACCGCGAGCACCAAAAGGGCAACGAAACCUCCACCAACCCCAUCGCCUCCAUCUUCGCCUGGACGCGCGGCCUCAUCCGCCGCGGCCAGCUCGACAACACCCCUGACGUCGUCGUGUGGGCCGAGCAGCUGGAGCGCGCGUGUAUCGAUGUUGUCGACGAGGACGGGAUCAUGACCAAGGACCUUGCGCUGGCGUGCGGUCGAAAGGAUCGGGCGGCGUGGGUUACGACGCGGGAGUAUUUGGAGGCGGUGGAGAGGCGGUUGCAGAAGAAUUUGGCGAAUGCGAAGUUGUAGAAUGAUCUGGGGGUUUUAUUUUGACUUCAUCUUUUUUUUCAAGAAUACUUGUGGGAAUUAGAUUGGAUAAAGACCCGUUUAGAUAUAAAAUCUUUAUAAAUGGAUGGAAGAAAGAAAGAAAGAAAGAAAGAAAGA